AUGAGUCGAUUUCAUCAAAUUAAUACCCUCAUCUAUUUGGAAGUCAAACCAGCUUUGAAAAAUCAAAUCAUUCGAGAACUUAAGGUCCUGCAUCAAUGUAAUUCACCGUACAUCGUCGGUUUCUACGGAGCGUUUGCUGUGGAAGCUCAAAUUAGUAUUUGUAUGGAAUAUAUGGAUGGUGGUUCAUUAGAUUUAAUUUUGAAAAAAGUGAUGCGUAUACCAGAGAAUAUUCUUGGUAGAAUAACCGUCGCUGUUCUUCGCGGUUUAAGUUACUUACGAGAGCGACAUCGUAUAAUGCAUCGAGAUAUUAAACCAUCGAAUAUUCUUGUCAAUCAUCAAGGUGAAAUCAAACUAUGUGAUUUUGGUGUUAGCGCCCAGUUAAUCGAUUCGACAGCGCUAACAUUCAUCGGUACACGUUCAUACAUGUCUCCCGAACGACUUGAAGGUACACAUUAUGGAGUGAUGAGUGAUAUUUGGUCAUUGGGUCUUUCACUCGUGGAAAUGGCCGUUGGCCGAUAUCCUAUCCCACCUCCAUCAACGGAAGAUAUCGUUAAUUUAUUCAAAGAAGAUCCUCAAGGAAACCGACCACGACCAGAAGGUUAUGGUAGCUACAGAGGCUUGGCUAUUUUCGAGCUGAUGGAAUGGAUUGUCAAUGAAGCACCUCCGACAUUACCUCGUUCACAUUUUUCAGCUGAAUUUUGUGAUUUUAUUGAUCGUUGCUUGAAAAAGAGCACAUCCGAACGAGCUGACUUGAACUCACUUUUAAAUCAUUCAUUCUACAAACGAUAUGAAACCGAAAGUGAUAAUCAAGAUGUAGCCGCUUGGAUUCGGCAAGUCUGUCGAACCGAGUCCGAUGGCACCAACGAUAAUAAUCAUCGACGUGUUGGUACUUAA